UGUGCAGAGGAGAAAUGAUUCAGCCAAACUCAAGCAGUCAUACAAACAGAAGAAAACAGGGACCCCCAGAAGCAAUCUCCCUAUGGAAAUGACUGGCGAAUGGACAUCGUGGUUCAACGUGGACCAUCCUGGGGGCGAGGGGGAUUUUGAGACCUUAGAGGCCAUUCGCUUCUACUACCGGGAGCGGCUGUGCUCCCAGCCAACAGCAAUCCAAGCCCGGACCACGGAGUGGGAGCUGCCCGAAGAGGUGGGCGAGGUGGUGCGCUACAGUCCCCAGGAGGGCUUCCGAUGCCUCAACCGGGAUCAGCCAGGGGGCAAGAGCUGCUCCAAUUACCACGUCCGCUUCCUGUGUCCGGCAGAUCCCACAGAUUGGUUGGGGUGGGCAGAGUGGUCACCCUGGAGCGCUUGUUCGCGGACUGCCUGUGGUGUUAGCGGUGUCCAGAUUCGGAACCGGACGUGCGUGAAUGGCUCUGGCUCAGUUCUGGGGAAGCGGCUGAAAUGUUUGGGGAAACCCACAGAACGUCGAACCUGCAGCUCCGGACCAUGCCAAGAGACCAAAUGGAGUUCCUGGGGGCCCUGGAGUCCCUGUCCCAAGACCUGCGGCAGUGGAGGGAAACAGGUGAGGAGGCGGAACUGCCAGAAGUCCAAGCUUUCGCGCUGCGUCGGGCGUCCGUCAGAGGUUCAGAAGUGCUCCCAGACACCUUGCCCAGCUUGUCAACUCAGCUGCGACGUGGGCAUCCCCGACAAGGACUGCAAUGGUUGCAUCUGCCCUAACCACACCCUUUCGGGGACUGUAUGGAGCUCCAGCGGGAUGGUUCUCGCCAAUGCCCGGAUCUUUCUUACGGACCGGCCAGCGGCUGUGCUAGCAAAGAGUGACCACCAGGGCCGGUUCACCAUCCAUGGCAUUUGUGCUGGGAGUGGCACCAAUAUUAGUGCCAGGCUAGAGCGUUUUGCCACAGGCAGCAUCUCUGUUGUUGCUGACGGCCCUCGGACAUCCCUGGCAGAGAUCGUGCUCCGCAGACUUGAAAAGCCUUACAUGGUGGUCCAUCCUGAAUCGAAGGUGAGGAAAGUUGGGUCAAAGGUGCGAUUUUGCUGCAGUGCCCAAGGCAGCCCUGAGCCAGGGAAAUAUUACUGGUAUCACAACGGGACUCUCCUGGAUCGGAAGGUGUACAAAUACGACAGCAGCUUGGUGCUAAAAGACCUGGGGCUGCAUCAGGCGGGUUCCUACCACUGCAAAGCCAGCAGCGACCUGGGUGCCAUCAAAUCGUCCUCCGCCCACUUGACAAUCGUAGAGCCAGAAGUGCCUGCCUGCAUGGCUCAGCCAGAGGAGUAUCUCAUCAGACUUCCGGAUGAGUGUUUCCAAGAAAGCACAGGUUCCCACUUCUACAACGUGGGACGCUGCCCCCGGGCCCUUUGCGAUGGAAGCUUGGCGGACAAUUUGCAGUGCCAAGAUGGGGUGGAGCACUGCUGCGGGACGCUCCGGAUGGAGGUGCGGGAGAUCCAUUGUGUCGGUUACAUCCUGCCCAUCAAGGUGGUAGCCGAGUGCGGGUGCGCCUCCUGUACCCAACCCAAGGUGCUGGUCCGUGGGAAAGUUUCGGCAGCCGACAACGGGGAGCCCCUGCGUUUUGGCGAGAUCUACCUAGGCGCUGAGAAGAUAGGCUUCACCGGCUACAAGGGAACCUUCACCAUUGAGGUGCCACCCAACACACAGCGCAUGGUGGUCAAGUUUGUGGACCGGAUGCAGAAAUUUGUGGACGCUGUCAAGGUCUUCCCAUUCGACCAGCGUGGCGGAGCUGUCUUCCAGGAUGUCAAACUGAUGAGGAGGAAAGACCCUGUUCAUUUGGAAGCGAUGGAGACCAACGUCAUUCCUCUGGGAGAGGUGGCUGGAGAGGAUCCCAUUGGGGAAAUUGUCAUCCCUCCUGCGUCUUUCUUCAGGCCCGAUGGGCGAGCGUACAACGGCACUGUAAAAGCCAGCGUUACCUUUGUGGACCCCCGGGACAUCACCACUGUGAACACAGCCUCCAGCGACCUGAAUUACAUCAAUGCAGAAGGAGAUGUCUUCCCACUCAGGACUUAUGGCAUGUUUUCAGUUGACUUCUGGGAAGAAGACACCAACCAGGCACUAGAAAUGGGGCGCGUGGAAGUCAAGAUGGAUGCCGAGAUGAUCAAGAUGCCAGAACACAUCCAGAAAAUGAAGCUGUGGUCCCUCAACCCCACGACAGGCCUGUGGGAGGAAGAAGGGUCCUUCAAGCAGACAAAGGAGAAGAGGGGGAAGCGUGAGGAGAGGGCCUUUCUCAUCGGCAACCUGGAGAUCCGCGAACGCCGCCUCUUCAACCUAGACGUUCCAGAGAACCGCCGCUGCUUCGUCAAAGUCCGGGCCUACAUCAAUGAGCACUUCAUGCCUGAUGAGCAGAUGGAAGGGAUAGUAGUCACCCUCAUCAACCUUGAACCCAGGCCUGGCUAUCCAUCCAAUCCUCAGGCCUGGGGGAGGUUCGACAGCGUGGUGACUGGUCCCAACGGGGCUUGCUUGCCUGCCUUCUGUGAUGGACAACGAGCUGACGCUUACACAGCCUAUAUCACAGCUACCAUGGGAGGGGAGGAACUGGAGGCUGUACCGUCGAGCCCAAUGCUCAAUCCUGGGGCUAUUGGAGUUUCCCAGCCUUACUUGAAUAAACUUGGCUACCGGCGGACCGACCACGAUGACCCUGCCCUCAAGAAGACGGCCUUCAAGAUUAACCUGGCCAAACCCAACCAGAACAACAUCGAUGAGACCAAUGGGCCCAUCUAUGCAUACCGGAGUCUGAAGCAAUGUGAAGAGGCCCCGGUCACAGCCAACCAUUUCCGGUUCUACAGGGUAGAAGUGGACAAGUACGAAUACAAUGUGGUGCCUUUCAAGGAGAGUGACUUGACCACCUGGAUGGGAGACUACCUCUCCUGGUGGCCCAACCCUCAGGAGUUCCGUGCCUGCUAUAUGAAAGUGAAGAUCAACGGGCCUCAGGAAUACAUGGUGCGGUCACGGAAUGUGGGCGGCAGCCAUCCAAGGAGUCGAGGACAACUCUAUGGCCUACGGGACGCCCGUAGUGUCCGAGACCUCACCAUCUAUAACAGCUCGGCGGCUUGUGUCGAAUUCAAGUGCAGUGGGAUGUUGUUUGACCAAGAUCUGGUGGACAGGACUUUGGUGUCCAUCAUCCCUCAGGGAAGUUGCCGGCGCACGUCUGUCAACAGCUACCUGAGGGAAUACCUAGGCCGUCACCCACCCCUGGUGGAAAAUAACGACACUGCAGUCUUCAACAUGUUGGCGCCAGUGGAUCCACUGGGCCACAACUAUGGCAUCUACACCGUGACAGACCAGAACCCGCGCCUAGCCAAGGAGAUCGCCAUUGGCCGCUGCUUCGAUGGGACUUCGGAUGGUUUCUCGCGCGAGAUGAAGUCCACUACGGGGGUCGCCGUGACGUUCACCUGCCACGAGAAGCCAGUGGGGCGAAAGAGCUUCUUCCAACGGCUGCUUGAGUUCCCUGCCCAGACGCUGACUGAGAUCCAGCGUGAAAUGAGAGGCAACGAACAGCUGCGGGGCUCUUCCCAAGUGGUGGCUUACCCAUCCGGGUUGCGGACCAUGUUCUCCACGCAGACCCGUCGCCCCCCUAGCCCCCGGAGGAGAGUGGGUGCUGCUCGGACCCGACAAUAAGCAACACGAAGAAAUGUUU